GGGGAAAAAAGAAGUCAAUCUAUGAUGCAAGAUAAAAAUAAUUGGAGGAGGAAGGAGGGAGAGAGAGAUGGUUGUGACAGAGGAAAUGAUGUUGUCACGAGCGCUGAAGUACCUGUAUCAUAACGGAUUUUGUGGAAGGACCCAUAACGUUUGAGAGGAGAGCGUUCCCCAGCACUGAGCAGCAUGUCCGUCUCCGACAGCUCACCGUCCUCCAUCUGCAUGUUCUCCCUCCAUCAUCCGUGCUCCAGCUCUCCCGACGGGUCGGUUCCUCAGGACCCCAUGCCUCAGAUGGACUCGGGUCUGUACGGCCAGAACAUGGGCUUUCCCAAGACAGCGGAGCAAAUGAUGGGUCUGGGUUACCUGGCGUACCCGUCCUGUCUGAACACCAGCAGCAGCGAACGCAGCGCGCAGCAGAACCACAGCGCUCCGCAGGAUUUUUCCCAGUUUCUUCUGCCGCCGCCAGUGCCCGCUCUCCGCCAGUGCGGACAGAAGAGAGGUUUGAGUAAAGACAGCGUUGAGUAUCGCCUGCGCAGAGAGCGCAACAACAUCGCCGUGAGGAAGAGUCGUGAUAAAGCUCGCCGUCGUAUCCAGCUGACCCAGCAGAGGGCGCUGCAGCUUCAGGACGAGAACCACCGGCUUCAGAUGCACAUACAGCGUCUGUCACACGAGGUGGACUCGCUCAGACACUAUCUGUCACAGCGCCACCUACAGGCCAAAGAGCAGGACGACAACUGCUGAGACACUCCAGGUUCUGUUCAUCUUGGUUUCACUUUAUUUUCAUGGUCCCUUUAAAGGUGCACUGUGUGAUGUUUAGCGGCAUCUAGUGGUGAGAUUGUGAAUUGCACCCA